AGUCAUAUCAAUCAAGUACACGAUCUCCUCUGCGAAUAACCUAGCCCUAGGGUUCAAACUUCAAAUCCAAACAUCAAGAUUUCAUCAAAUUCACAAUUUUUGCCAGUUAAAAUCUUCAGUUCGUGAUGGGGAAGAGAAAGGAGCGUAGACUUAAUGCCAAGAGUGCUGCUAAUCGAAGAGUAAAACUCGAUCUUCUACCGGAACCCUCUGGAGAUUUUGGUGAUUCGUCUAACCAAGAGGACGUUGGAGUUGGAGGCAACGGAAAAAAUCAUGCUGGGUCACCCAAUUCACCAUCAUCUUCAGGUGGGUUCCGUCAAAUUUCUACACGGAAUGAUCUUUGUAGAGGGCAUCAUUAUAUUCGUUGAUCUUAAAUUUAUACAACAUGUUUGCUCCCCCAAGAUAAUCCUUUCAGACUGUUAGACGGCUGUGGUAUUGGGAACUCAAUUGGUCUUCUGAGCCCGUUCAACUUUGCCACGUUGUUUCUUUGAUUGAAAUUCCUGACAUGUUAUGUUGCACGCAGAGUUUCAACAUGCCAACACGAUUAGUGGUUCAUCGAAAGCCGGAAAAUCCUCUGUUGUUGCUUGGACAAUAUAGCGAUGAAGAAGGUGAGGAAGAAUCGAGUAAAGAAGUAAAUCAUGGAGCUAGAGAAAACACUCCGACAGUGCUGGAUGAGCAGGUAAAGGUAGACAAUCAUGAUAGUACAGGAGCCGAUGUAGAUGAAAAGCUUUUAACUGAAAAAGUUGAUCAAGAGAAAAAACCUUAUCCAGUGGAUGUGUUGCCAAAUUUGGAGAAAACUGUAGAAGAUGAUAAACCUGAGCCUCUGCACAGAGAUACAGAUACACUGGAUCGGGCCUCAGUUUCUUUGACAUCUGAAAUGCAGACAACAGGGGAUGUGGAUUCGGGCUGGAAAAUGGUGUUGCAUGAGGAAAGUAAUUCAUAUUACUACUGGAAUGUUGCGACUGGUGAAACGUCUUGGGAAACCCCUGAUGUUCUGACCCGAGGAAAUGAAUCGGCAUAUGAUCCUAAAUCUGUUCCGGAAAUUGAAGAAACACAUGCGACUUAUGUUGAUGCACAAGCUAAUAAUGAAUGCACAAAUGGUGUGACUUUUGAGGCCAAAGAAAACGAUAAUUCUGGGAUCGAGUUGAACGUACAUAAUGGGAACUAUACGGAUAUCAUGGCGAAUGAUAUAGAUGAGGGCGUUGCUACUCAGGCUUGUGAUGGUUUGAGUAACGUGGAAGCCCACCGUAACGAUUCUGUUUUUCAAGAUAUGGGUUGUCAUGGUGGCGAAUCGUCUGAUGCUUUUCGUCUUCUAGAACUUUGUGAAAGUUUAUCAGAAAGAUUAAAAUCGUUGGAAGGGCCUGAAGGGUUCGGUGACCAGAUAUCAAAGUUGAAGUUUGAACUUGAUAUAAGGCUUGCAGACAUUAAGUCACUAGUACCGUAUGGAUCAUCAUUGCUUCCUUUUUGGUUGCAUUCCGAAAACCAGCUGAAAAAUCUGGAAUCUUCUAUCAACAAUGAAGUCUUAAAACAUUUACAACGCACAAGUUCUGGCGAAAUUAACGACCCAAAAACCAGAUUUUUGGAAAACAUCGGUGAAUAUCAUGAAAAUCAAGUUCCAACAGAUAUUGACCCGAAUGCAGGCCACCACUCGGUGGAAGAUGAAGACAUGGAUGUGGAGAUGGAAGUUGAGGAUACUGCAAUUCAUUCUAAAGACAAAGCGGACCCCCAGAACGGGUCCCACCUGGAUCAAUCUGUUUCUCCGAUCCUGCAUGAACACCUUGAUUCUCGUGGGUCUGAACAACCACUUCCUCCAAAUGACGAAUGGAUUCCGCCCCCUCCACCGGAUGAAGAACCGUUUCCGCCUCCACCGCCAGACGAGCCGCCUGAAGCUCCGCCACAACCGUCAGAUAUGCAGACAACACAACCUUAUUCUUACGGAGAACAAUAUAGUUUUACGUACCCAGGGUCUGGUUUUGACUACUAUGGUCAAACAAACACUGCAAUCUCGAGUAACGGUUAUUAUGUAGAUGCUAAUGGGUCUCAUAUACCUGCUCCUCUCCCAAACGUUUAUUAUGCACCGGUGCUCAACCCAGAGACAGCGACAUAUUACACUCUACAGGAUGGCAUGAUAUCAACUGUACCAGCCGUUAGUGGCGUAGAAACUUCUUUGCAGAGUUCGGUCUAUGGGAACAUCAUCUCUGAUCCCAUUAAAUCUUCUACGGUGGUUUCUUCUGUUUCAGCCUCUUCUCAUGUACCAGAAAGUUCUAGUGUAACACAUGGUGUUUCUGUGGUGUCCGCUUCGUCUGUUGCUUCAACAGAAACGGUUCCCAAGGUUCAACCCAAAGUUACGCGUAUCAAAAAAAGAACCGUUGCGGCAGUUCCCACUUUAAGGUCCAACAAAAAAGUUUCUGGUUUAGUGGAUAAGUGGAAGGCUGUUAAAGAGGAAUUGCAUGAAGACGAGGAAGAUGAACCUGAAAAUGCAUUAGAGAUUUUAGAGAAGAAACGCCAACGAGAAAUUGAGCAAUGGCAUGCGCAGCAGAUUGCAUCCGGAGAAGCGAAAGACAAUGCCAACUUUCAGCCGCUUGGUGGUGAUUGGCGGGAAAGGGUUAGGCGAAAGAGAGCUAAAAAAUCAACACAAGCUGAAGAAAAUCUAGCAACAAAUGCUACCGAUGAAACAAAACAACAGCCCAAUCUUGCUGAAAUUUCAAAACAACUCCCGACGGGAUGGCAGGCGUAUUGGGAUGAAUCGUCGAAGCAGGUUUAUUAUGGUAACUCGAAGACAUCAGAGACAACAUGGACUAAACCAACAAAGUAAAGAACGCCAAGCGUUAUUCGCCAUUUUUACAGCUAACACCAGCACUUGUUUACAUGGACAUUUAAAUACAGUCCGGCAAUGCAUUGUCUCGAUCUGGAUAUUGUUGAUGAAGCUGGAGAAGAGUGGAUCGACGCGUUUGUUUUGUUGUAACGACUGAUGAAUGUUUUCUGGGUUUAUGUAUGAUGUUAUUUUGACGAGUUCAGGUUGGACAAGCUGAUCAGUUUAAAAGGAUACACUUUUUAUAGACUAUUCGUUAAUAUCAGUUAAGCUAUCCACUUAA